AUGAAGUACAGGAGAUAUUUAGCUCGAAAUUCUUCAGUCUAUUUAUGUCUAUUCUUAUUAUGUUCUGUGUUUGUUCUUGUGUCGUUGAGUUAUUUAUACAAUAUUAAUUCAAAUACUCAAGUCACAUCAUCACUAUCUUUUUUAGGCAAUGAACAAAGAAGACCAAGACAGAAACUUCACAGCAGAAAAGAGCUAGUGAAUGUCGAUAUUAGUGAUAUGUUGUUAUCAUCGUCCAAGACAUAUGAUAAGUAUCUAGAGGCAGAAUAUGGUUUCAAUGAAUCUAUCAGAUCUAAAUUAUAUAGCAAUAAUACCCUUUUCGGUUACGUACCAAACCUUGAAAUGACAUAUUCAGACUCAUCCGAUAAAAUUACCAAAAAUCAUAAGGAUGGUGCCAAUCGUGAUGAUAAUAAAUUACAACCUUUCAAUAAAGCUUAUGCAAAUUUAUUAGAGUGCCAAGAUCUACAAUAUUCAAAUAACAUCGAAUACUCUGUGUCUGACCAAAAUUUCCAGAUUGACUAUAUCAAUAUGAGAAGACAGUUAUUGGCUAUGGACUCUCCUUUAGCCAAGGAAUUCACUACAAACGAAGAAGAAUCAAAAAUGUCUGAGAUGGAAAUUAUUGAGAAGAGAUGGUUUUCUUUCGGUACAGCAGCGGUAUGGUUGAAAAAGGAACAAUGUUAUGUUGCAUAUACAAGAAUGAUCUAUUCUAGGCAUGAGAAUAGAGGUAGUUCCUAUAUAUCCGUGGUUGUGGGUCAAAUGUUUGAUAAGGAUUGGAAUGAGAUUAAAGGGAGAAGAAUUCCUUUUAGAGAUGUUAAAAUGCCAAAGGAAGUGAAACAAUUGGUUCAAUCACUUAAAAGAAAGUUAGAUAUAUCAGCAAAUUGUGAUGCUUUAGGACACGGUACUGAUGCGUAUGAAAAUUGUGCAACUGAGAUUAAUAAGAAUACAUUCAAAAUUAGAGAGCAAAUUGAUAAAUUAUUAGAUAAAUAUUCUAUUAAAUAUCCAACAGUCGUUAAUAUACCAUUUAUUAUGAGAGAGCAUUGGAAUGGCCCGGAGGAUCCACAUGUGAUUUUAAGACAGGAUAAAGAUGGUGAAGAACCGGUCAUCAUUGUUAAUAUGAAUUCACACAAAGAUAUAAAGGUGCAUGCCAUGAUGCCACAUAGGAAAAUCGACCCUUGUGUAAUGUUUGAUAUUGAAGGUUACGAUAUGAAAGGGUUUGAAAAGAAUUGGUCUCCAUUUUUUGUCCCUGAGAGAGUACAAUCAAGUGAUAAUUAUCCAGGUUAUAUACAUUUUGUUUAUGACUACAGUCCAUUGCAAAUCAUUCGUUGUUCACUAUUAACAGGAAAAUGUAAAAUGAUAUUUAAUGCACAAACUGCAGGACUUGAUAAUGGCAAAGGCUACUUCGGGAUCAUUAGAGGUGGUACUCAAUAUGUUUCAUUACCUAAUGUUUUACCUCAGCUAGAAAAUACGCAUAUUUGGGUAGGUUUCGCCAAGAGUCAUGUUGAUAAUUGUGGUUGUGGUGAUAGAUUUUAUAGGCCUACUUUAAUUGUAUUAGUCGAAACUGAUGGGGUCUACCACUUGGAAUUGGUUACGCCAAAUGUUGAUUUUGGUAAACCCAUAAUGGGUUGGAAUCUAAAAGAUACCAGUUGCAGUGGGUAUAACGUUCUUUCACCAAGUUCUAUUAGUAACUGGGCAAUUUUAGAUCAAGAUCCAAUAACCAAACGAUUUGAAGACUACAUGGUGGUGACAUUUAGUGAAGCAGAUGCAAUUUCAGGUAGGGUAGUCAUUAGAGGAAUUUUGAAUUAUAUUUUACAAGUUUAUAAUAAAAAGAAAGUAAGGGAAACAUUACUUAUUGAUGAAGAGACAGUUACCAUUAUUCAAAAGGCUUCCUAUUGUGUUGCAGAAAAAUGUAAAGAAGAAUGUAAAAGGUACGGUAUCGAUCAUCCAGAAAAUAAAAAUUAG